UCUAGACCACCCUUCCCGUCCAAGCCAGUCCGAGCCCGUCCAUGAAGUCCUUAAAAAGAUCGUAAAUAGUUGCUAAUACGUUCACUCCGUUCACACACAGUUUGAGCCCGUUUGGCAACAUUUUCUAGAACGUAGUGAGAACUAGUUUGGUGUGAUAGGUGCUUGACUGGAACGUCUUGAUCUGCAAAGCCUAAAGCGUUGCAGUUGAACGGGAAUGAGGAAUGGCGAGAACGUACGCUCUGGGUUUUUAUAACUCCCGAGUCAGGACGGGAUUGCACACGCUCUAUAGGACCGGAGCGCGUUCGAACGCACUCAGAACGAGAUGAGGAAGUGUUGAACUGCCUCUGAACGGGGUGGUCGGGUUAAAAACUAGUUAGAACAAGUGGCGAACUAGUUGGACGUUUAGGAACGAGGUAGAACUAGUUAAUAAUGGGUUUAAACUGACUACGGACUGGCUUGGAAUGCCUAAUCUACCCGAUCUGAACUUAAUAUGAACUGGCUGUGGACGGGGAACAAACGGGCGGGGGAGUGACUAACAGUUUAUAUUACUGCUUAUCUUUCGUGUCAAAGGUGCUGCUGGCCUCGGUUCGACUUGCUUCGCGGGGUUGUUUGCCACUCUGGCGUGCAUGAAGAUAUCGCCAUAUUAUGGCAUCAUCUCAACUUUACGACAUCUUCUUGAAGUAUGGGGUGUAUAUUCAACCGGGAAACACCAACUGAUACAGGUACGCAAAACCUGGACCGACAUCCGUUCUUCACAAGAAAACCUCCUCCUGAAUAUCCUCCGAGAAAACUCUCAAACGUCCUACGGCAAGGAGUUUAAGAUCCAAGAGAUCCGUUCUAUGGAACAGUUUCGACAGCAUCAUCCACUCACCACUUACGAGCAUUUCCGAAAGUACGCGGAGCGCGCAAUGGAAGGCGAGUCCAACGUGAUGACUCCAAAGGCCCCAACGAGCUUUGUUUGUACAAGUGGUACGACUGGUAAAUCCAAGUUCAUCCCCCUGAUUAAUCGGUUGGAUCUUAUCAAGACCUUGUUAGGGCGGUGCAGUGCCAGUGCUUUUGAGAACUGCCCACGAUUAGGCCUUUUGCAGAAGCAGUUUUUGUUCUACGUUGAUCCACAGAUCACGAAGACUAAGGGCGGAGUCAACAUCGAAGCCUUUCUCACCCUCUCUAGAGAGCAAGAAGAUAAGUUGAUUCCUUUCACGACACCAACCGCUGGAUUUCACAUCAGUAAUUUGAAGGACGCUUGUUACGUUCACAGUCUCUUCGCCCUACGAGAACCCACAAUCGGUGUCGUCCUUUCUUUCUUCAUUCACUAUAUCGAGAGCAUGAUGAAACUUAUCGAACGUCGAUGGACCGACAUCGUCGACGAUAUCGCACAUGGCACCAUCCACGAAGACAUCCAACUCGAAGAUGACACCAGAUCAUCAUUGAUUAGCGCACUCGGCAGUGGCGAUCAGGAGAGGGCCUGCCUGCUGAGACGUGAAUUCGAGAAGGGGAUGGAUGGCAUAUUGAAGAGGGUGUGGCCCGAUUUAACCAUUGUUAUUGGUAUUGAUAACACAAGAAGCUGGCCGAAUAUUGAAAGAAAAUAUGCCAAAGGCAUUCCGCUGCUCCCGUUCGUGUACGGCUCUUCAGAGGGAAUCAUUGGGCAUGCAUUGUGGACGCAGGAUAAGCGAAACGGAUAUAGCUUGUUGACAAACGAGGUCGUUUAUGAGUUCAUCAAGUUCGAGGACACAGAGCUAGAUCAGCCACAGACUUACCUACCUGAUGAAGUCGAGAUUGGACAGCGGUACGAGGUGGUCAUUACUCAAAUAAGUGGACUGUACCGCUAUAGGAUGGGUGAUAUAAUCCGUGUUAUCGGUUUUGAAGGCAACAAGGUCCCUUUCAUAGAGUUCCAAUAUCGGAUUGGAAUGAUGCUGAACGUAAGGUUCGAGAAGAUUAAUCAGCUGGUCGUUAAAGAAACUAUCAAGUUCUGUGAGACCACAUGGUCUGGGGUAAAACUAAUCGAUUACACCGUGGCCCAGAACAACCUAAUCACCGAAGAGAGUCCAGCCUAUGAAAAGGACGAGAUAAUGCCCUACUACUUGAUCUUCUUGGAGUUGGAGUUCGAAGACAGAAACACGCCAAUUUCCGCCGAAGAAAGAAGAAUGAUCGAUGUUAAAUUUCGUGAUCUAAACAGCGACUAUGCAAGACUUCGUCGUGAAGGUUCAAUUUCACAUCCCCGAGUCCACAUCGUGAAACCCGGCACGUUUGAAGACCUCAAAAGCUACAUUCUGAUGCAUACUAAAGCAAGUGCGAACCAGUACAAGGUCCCGCGUAAGUUGCGCACCUACGGCAUGCUGGAGGUGAUGCUCAAUCAUGUCUAAAUUUGAAAAUCCUAUGAAGACAAAAAGAACAAAUUUAGCCACUAUAUCAACAAAGGCUUAUACGAGUCAGGGGACUGGGGGUUUAACCAUACCCACCCCCCCCC